UUAAUUAAAAAGUUAAAGAAAAAAAUUAAUUCAAACUCGCUAACAUCUUGGCCAUAGAUAUGACCUUAAAACAAAUACUUAACCUACUCCUAAUUGCACAGACCAAAUAUUACAUUUUUUUUUUGACGAACAACCAAAUAUUACAUCUAGUUAAAUUAGUUUAUACAAAACAGGCUAACAAAGAAAGCAUUACAAAAUAUUAUUUCCAGUCAUAAUGAAAUAAAAUUAUCUCUGUCCCUCUCUAAUUGGACAUUAUAUUUCAUUUUUGCAGGACUUUAAUCCGUUCACUUCUUACAAUUCUUGUUUCCCUCCAAGUAAAAUUCUUGAAGAAUGGUUCAGCCAUCAAAGUCUCGGGAACUCAGUGACAAUUGACCUGCCCCCAAAUUUGUACCAAGAUAGUAAUUGGAUGGGACUUCUUCUUUAUGCCUUUUUCUCAAUCCAAGGGGAUCCAGGUGCCGUUAUUAAGAAUUUUUCUUCAAAAUUAAUCCCUCACUUCCUAUAUUGUCAAUUCGUAACGAGCACAGGUGAUUGUAUAGAAGUCCAAAUUUGUUGCACCUCUAGAAUGGAAAUCACGUGGUUAUAUAAUCUAGGUGGAUUCAUUUGGAUAACAUACAUACCAGGUGAGGCGUCUGAGGAUGAAUGGCGACAACUGAGCCACAUUGAGGCUUCAUUUGUAAGUGAGUGGCCAAGUGUGAUUGUAAAGAAAUGUGGGUUUCGUCUUUUGUACCAGCAUGAUCAGGAGCAGUUUGAGCGAAAACUAAAACACUGCAAUUGCUUGUCGUCAGACUUUAUGGAUUCUCACUAUCAAUUUUUAGCUGCUCAAGACAAAAGAACUGGGCUCAAUCCUGAUAAUGAAGGGCGUGGAAGAAAUGUUCACUCCAAUGGGCGUGCAAUUGCAACCGCUGCUCCAGUGAUAAGACUUAGUUUUGCGCUGGAGAUUGUUAAAACAAAGACUCGAAUCCUCAAUAGUGACCUACUGGACUUUGAUGGAUGCUCUAUACAUAAUUCAUGUUGCCCUCCAAGAGAAAUUUUAGAUUGGUUCAACCGUAGUGAUGAGCCCUCGGUGACAAUCAAUAUACCAAAAAAUGACUGGAUGGGACUUGUUCUCUGUGCUUAUUUUUCAGUGCACGAGGAUCAAACUAAUAUCUUUCAAAAUCCCAAUUCAACACUUUCUCACAACCUCAUUUGUCUUUUUGAAACUGAUGUUGUUGGUCUAGAACAAGAACUUCAUAUCCAUUCGACCAAUAUAGAAGAAUUCAUGUUUUUAGAGAUAGAAGGCGGAUUUCUUUGGCUUUCCUAUAUUCCACGUUGCUGGUUUCCAGAUUGGUUGAAUCAAUGCAGUUGCCUGAAGGCUUCAAUUAUGAGCGAUUGGCCAGGUUUGAUGGUGCAAAAGUGUGGGCUUCGUUUCUUCCACAUGCAUGAUGAGGAGGAGUUUGAGCGGAUUAUAUAUCGCUGCCACUUGGCUUCUGAAAAUGGUGUGCUCACCAGCCAGCUACUAUUAAAGUCUGGUAAUAGUAGAGCUGAGAAUCCACUCGGUGAAAAUGGCCAGCAUUCGUACAAUCAACCCUGCCAAAGCAACCUAACGGACUUAAUUCAACGCAUUGUUUAUAAUUUUCGAAGACCCCUACCUGAAAUUCUGGAUUGGUUUAGCCAUCGGAGUUAUGAGCCCCAAGUGACAAUCCCACUACCUGCAUAUUUGUAUAAUGAUACUGCUUGGGCGGGACUGGCUUUUUGUGUGUCCAUCAAAGUCGAUGCCAUUGGAGCUGCUUUACCUGACAUUGAAGACUCAGAAGCUUCUUACAACCUUCUUUGUCAUUUAGAAGCCAGUCUUGAAUGUGUUGAUGAAUCUCUCAUUGUCGGUUCCCUAACUAAAGAAAAGCUCAAGAUUAUUCAGCAAGGUGGUAUGGAGUUAUUAUCCUGGAUACCACGCGAAUCAUUUCGAGAUACGUUGAAUCAAUGUGGCUGGAUUGAGGCUUCAUUUGUUAUCGAUUGCCUAGGCUUCACGGUGCGAAGGUGUGGGCUCCGUCUUCUUUACCAGCAUAAUGUGGAAGAGUUUAAGGAAAUAAUAAAACGCACCCGCCACCCAGGUCUUGUUCCCUAAGUAGCAAGCGAAUUCUUGAAUAAACUCUCCUUAAUUUUGCUCCUCUUACGCUGUUUUUUCCUUCUUAACUUAUGGGCAAGUCGUCCUCUCUCCCGUUUAACUUCAAGUUUAUAUUCUAUCCCCAAAAAAAUAAAAAAUAA